AUGGAUGGAUCCUACAGUGUACAGGCUGUGCCUUCAGAAACACUAGCCCUGUCCAACAAGAUAUUCGUACACCCUUCCACCUUCAACCAGGAUGCUCCUGCUGUCCUUGUCAACGGCAAAUACGUCUUCGUUACAGCCCCCGAUCCUACUCCUGAAGGUGAUCCACGUAAGAUUAGACAGGGCGCUUUCGGUGCAAACGCCGUUCAGCGUCAAUGGGCACAGCUCUCCCUUGCAUCACCUGUUAAUCUCUCCCCUGUCGUUAUUGAGGACUUCCUCGAAAGCGUUGAUAUCGAAAUUGGUACAAACAAGAAGGGCUUCGAGCCACAGCAACCAUUCAGUGCUGAUGACUUGCAGACGAGUUUCUUACAUGCAUACACAGGUCUCAUCCUCAGUCCAGGUCAGGUACUCGUUAUGGACUACCACGGCAUCAAUCUCAAGGCUGUUGUACGCAAUACCUCUAUAGUUGCUCUCAUGCAGGAUACCUCAAACUCUACACUCAGCCAAACUGGUCAUGUUAUGGACACUACUACUAUCAACUUCUCCAAAGACCCAACCAGUCUUAUAAAGAUUAAAGGCUCUGCUAAAAGACCUGCUGCAAACGCUGUCAUCUCACCCAACUUCAAAUUCGAGGAUAUGGGUAUUGGUGGUCUCGAUGAUGAGUUCGGUGCUAUCUUCAGACGCGCUUUUGCUUCACGUGUCUUUCCGCCAGGCUUAAUUGAAAAGCUCGGUAUUCAGCACGUCAAAGGUAUAUUGCUCUACGGUCCACCGGGAACUGGUAAGACAUUGAUGGCACGCCAGAUUGGCACCAUGCUUAAUGCACGCGAGCCAAAAAUCGUCAAUGGCCCUGAAAUUCUUAACAAGUUCGUCGGUCAGUCAGAGGAGAAUAUAAGAAAGCUUUUCGGAGACGCUGAGCGUGAAUAUCGCGAGAAGGGUGAUGAAAGUGAAUUGCACAUAAUAAUCUUUGAUGAACUUGAUGCUAUUUGCAAGCAGCGUGGUUCGACUGGUGGAGGAACUGGUGUUGGAGAUUCUGUCGUUAAUCAGCUUCUCUCAAAGAUGGAUGGUGUCGAUCAACUCAAUAACAUUCUCAUCAUCGGUAUGACCAACAGACUGGAUAUGAUCGAUGAAGCACUCGUUCGUCCUGGUCGUUUGGAAGUACACAUGGAAAUCAACCUACCUGACGAAAAGGGCCGUCUUCAAAUUCUCAACAUCCAAACUUCCAAAAUGCGCGAUAAUAAGGUUAUGGAUAGGGAUGUAAGUUUGGCUGAGCUUUCAGCAGUCACCAAGAACUUUUCUGGUGCAGAAAUAGGUGGAUUGGUAAAGAGUGCUACGUCAUUUGCCUUCAACAGACAUGUGAAAGUUGGUACUAUGGCUGGUGUCUCAGAUGACAUAGACAAGCUGCAAGUAAACCGUGCUGAUUUCAUGCACGCUCUCGAUGAAGUUCAUCCUGCCUUUGGUGUAUCUGAGGAGGAGCUCGCAACGGUUGUGCAGAAUGGUAUUAUACACUAUUCAUCGAGCAUUGGGAAUAUUCUCAACGACGGCCAGCUAUACGUUGAGCAAGUGAGAAAUUCAACACGCACACCACUUGUAAGCGUACUCUUACAUGGACCUCCUGGUUCUGGUAAGACUGCACUCGCUGCUACUAUAGCGAUGAAGUCCAACUUCCCAUUCAUCAAGCUCGUAUCGCCUGAGGAUAUGGUCGGAUUUAGUGAGGCGCAGAAGAUAGCGCACAUGAAUACAGUAUUCAACGACUCAUACAAAUCGCCGCUGUCGAUAGUAGUGAUUGACCAGAUUGAGAGGUUGUUUGACUAUGUGCCGAUCGGUCCACGUUUCUCAAACAAUGUCCUACAGGCAUUACUGGUGCUUCUCGGCAAGCGACCACCAAAAGGCAGGAGACUUCUGAUACUAGCGACGACGUCAAACCGGCCAAUAUUAACAGAUAUGGAUGCAAUAGCGACAUUUGAUGCACAAAUCCACGUACCUUCCAUUGCCAAGUUAAGACAUGUUGAUUUGGUGUUGAGACAGGUAGGUUUGUUCGACGACGAGCAGGCGCACGAGCGUGCAAUGGAGCUGCUCCACCAAGCGCAGCUCAACGAGAGCGGAAAGCUGCUCAUUGGGAUUAAGCGUCUACUGGCCGUUGCGGAAAUGGCGAAACAGGACCCAAAUCCCGCCGAGAAGUUUGCUACGACGCUUGUGAACUCGCUGUAG